CGAACGGCAAUCGUUGAUUCGUAGUUAAUACGUUAGAAUAGAUAUGUACAUAUCUACCUAGAGAAACAGUUUCUUCUAUAAUUUCCGUACACUCUCUGUAUCGACCUUUAGUGUCUCGGUAACUGUCGUAGUGGUAACAAGGAUCCAACUUCGGUAGAGUCCUUGUUAGAGCAAUUCAAACAGAGAAAUUCUAUUUCUCACCUCUUCAUACAUAGCACUAUGUACCGCUAUUUACUGCUGUUCUCCGUGCUGAAUGUUUUCUACGUACACGUUCAUUCUUCAGCUAUACGCUGCGAGCCCCCAGAUCAUUUUUUGUGCAAAAACGAAAAAUGCAUUUCAGUCGUGUUCAAAUGCGACGGUGAGAACGACUGUGGCGAUGAGUCCGAUGAAUUAGAUUGUCGUGACUUUAAAUUUACACAUACUGCAAUUCAAUGCGCUGCAGACGAGUUUCGAUGUGCGGAUAAUGUGUGCAUUCCGAUCGAAAAAUUUUGCGAUGCCAAACCCGACUGUUUUGACAAAGGUGAUGAAUACGAUGGCUGUGUAAAGGAGUUAAAGUGCGACGCUUUUCGAUGCAAUGACGGUUAUUGCGUACGAAACGAAUGGGUUUGCGAUGGCGUAAAAGAUUGUCCUGACGGCAGUGACGAAGGAAACUGCGGAAAUCAAACAAUACCAUUCCAUAAAUGCAACAACGAAAUCGAUCGUUAUUUAUGCAAAAAUAAAAGAUGCAUCUUUUUGAACGCUACUUGCAACGGAAAGGACGAUUGUGGAGAUGAUUCUGAUGAAAACGUUGAAGGGUGUAAAAAGGCUGAUGCAUCUUGCAAGCAAAGUGCACACUGCGAACAUUACUGCAGAAAAACCCCGGAAGGCGCUCAGUGUUCUUGCAAAACUGGUUACAAGUUGUCGAAAAAUCGAACUUGUACAGAUGUGAACGAAUGCGAAAUUUUUGGAAUAUGUGAUCAACAGUGUAUAAACAGUGCUGGAUCAUACAAAUGUUCGUGUCAUUCCGGCUAUUUAUUAAAUGAUGAUGGUAGAACCUGUUACGCCGACGGUGGCGAAGCUGUGAUGGUGUUUUCGAUUAAAUCUGAAAUCCGUGGCUUGUAUCUCAAAUCUCAGCUGUACUAUGAUGUAGCUCAGAAUUUACAACAUGCUGUGGCUGUUUCUGUGGAUGCGGAUCAUGUAUAUUGGUCCGACAUUCAGGAUGGAGUGGAAGCAAUAACCAAAAGUCAGGAGGAUGGCACACACCGAGAAGUCAUUGUUACAACAGGUUUGAAAAGUCCGGAUGAUAUAGCAGUGGAUUGGGUGACUGGUAACAUAUACUUCACAGACAGCGGUUACAUGCAUAUUGGAGUUUGCUCUAACGACGGAAAUUAUUGUACUAUCUUAAUUAGGGACCGAAAGGAAAAACCAAGAGGUCUGGCCUUGUUACCAUCGAAUGGUAUAAUGUACUGGUCCGAAUGGGGUGCAAAAUCUCGUAUACUAAUGUCAGGAAUGGAUGGAAAAAAUAGUAGUGCAUUAAUAGUCGACAGCUUGGAAUGGCCAAAUAGCUUGUCCAUCGAUUAUGCGAGUAACAGAUUAUACUGGGUCGAUAGUAAAUUAAAAAUCAUCGAAUCAGUAGGACUUGAUGGCUCAGACCGUAGGAUUGUAUUAAGAGGAAUAGCAAAGAGACCAUUUUCCUUGGCUGUGUUUGAAGAUAAAUUAUACUGGAGCGAUUGGAUGUCAAAUACUAUACAAUCUUGCGAUAAAUAUACUGGCAAAGAUUGGAAUAUUUUGGUGGAUACGAAUAGCACCAUUUAUGGAAUACACAUAUAUCACUCCGUUUUGAAGCCUAAGAUGCACAAUCCAUGUAACGCGCGUCCUUGUUCUGAAUUGUGUUUAUUGAAUUCAGAGAAAAGUUAUACUUGCGCUUGCGCAGUAGACAAAGAACUGAAUACGGAUCAUCGCACUUGUCGCGCGAUCAAAAAAGAGAUGCGCCUCAUUAUUUCGACAGGGAGCCGAUUCAUUGAUUAUCAUCACGAAUUACUAGGAAAGCCAAAAAUGAAAAUAAGUGAUGCAUUGAAAGACGUUACUGCGAUUGCAUAUAAUCCUCGUACUGGUGGCAUGUUCGCAAGCGAUCAACUAAAGGAUAAAGUUUUCCAUUUCGACAUUAAUGACGGUAAUCUGGAUGCCAAAGUAUCCCUCGAGAACAAAAUAUUAGGAGGAAUGGAUUACGAUUACGUGGGAAAUAAUUUAUAUUUUUCGGAUAUAAAACAAAAAACUAUCGAAGUGCAUAGUAUGCAUACCGUGCAAAAAACGAUUUUUUACUUCCAAGAAGAACCUCAUGAUAUUGCACUCGCACCGGAAGAAGGAAUAAUGUUCGUUGUUUUCCAUGACAAUGGAAAGUAUCGCAUAGAUCUAUUGAAAAUGAAUGGACUCGGCAUUAGAAUUUCCAUCGAAGGAAUGAGAACCCCGCUAUUAGGACCAAAAAUAUCUUUAACCUACGACAGAGAUUUAAAACUACUGUUUUGGAGCGAUCAAGGCACUGGUCGCAUCAGUACUACGGCAGUCAAUGGCUUAGAGACCCGCAUCUUUCGCAGUGGACUAUCAGCACCUCUGAGUCUCGCUAUUCUCGAUGAUUACGUGUUUUGGACCGAGUACAAAUCGAAUCAAUUACACUGGACCGAUAAAAGGGAUCUGCUACAAUAUCAGAAACGCAUUACGUUAGACGUACCAGAAAAGGAAUUACAAGUUGUAGCUGUGCAUAAACCAUAUAUAAAGGAGCACGAGUGUUGGAAAAACAAUGGAAAUUGUUCUCACGUGUGCCUAGUAUCUAAUCUUCGUUCACACAUUUGUGCGUGUCCACCGGAUAUGAUGUUGAACGCAGAUAAUCGAACUUGCAGCCCUCAAACCGCGUGCAAAGCAGGCGAGGUCAAAUGCAGCGAACACGAUGUAUGCAUAAAAAUGCAUCAAAGAUGCGACGGCGUACAAGACUGUCCAAACGGUGAAGACGAAUCGAGCAUUUGCGAGGAACCUGUUUGGUCGAACUGCGAACAUGAUCAGUUCCGAUGUAAAAGCGGAGAAUGCAUCAGCAAGACGAAACUUUGCAAUUCCCAUUAUGAUUGUAUGGAUCGCUCGGAUGAGGAGGACUGCGAUAAAAUCGAAUGCAACUCUAAUGAGUUUCAAUGUCACGAAGGAGAAUGCAUAUCAAAAUAUCUUGUAUGCAACGGACGAUUCGACUGUACCGAUAUGAGCGACGAAUUGAAUUGCGACAAACACACGUGUGACAACAAUAGUUUCACGUGUGACAGCGGAACGUGCAUCCCUAAAACGUGGAAAUGCGAUGGCGAGUUUGACUGUCCAGAUGAGUCGGACGAAAGUGGGGAAUGUACCAUCACUACAUGUCCAACCGAAAUGUUUACUUGCUCCACUGGUCGUUGCAUCGAUAUGUCAUUAAAAUGCAACGGAAUCAAUGAUUGCGAAGAUAAUUCUGAUGAACAGUAUUGCGAUAAAACGGAUAACAAUAAUUAUGUCAACUGCACUGGGGACCAGUAUAAGUGUUAUGGUACUGAAAUGUGCCUUCCAAAAACUGUAAAAUGUGACGGUGUUCAAAAUUGCCCGAAAAACGAUGACGAACGUAAUUGUCCCCGAUGUCAAGUGGGAGAGUAUAUAUGCGACAAUCAAAAAUGCAUCGACGCAAGCUGGGUUUGCGAUAACGCAGAUGAUUGUGGCGACGGAUCUGAUGAAAUGGGUUGCGACGGUAGUACUACGAAGAUGAGAACCAUCGGCAACAGUUUGAACUGCAAGGAAUUCAAUUGCUCCAACGGAGUCUGCCUUCCUUUUAGCAAAGUGUGCGAUGGUGUAGCAGAUUGUUUGGAUCGAAGCGACGAAUUUGGACAAUGCUCAAUCGCGUGUACAAAGAACGAUCCUUGCAAAAAUGUCUGCCAUAAAACACCUUUGGGUCCCGUCUGUGGUUGCGGAAGCGGUUACCAGUUAAGCACUGAUUUAAAGUCAUGCGAAGAUAUUAAUGAAUGUGAGCAAAACGUUUGUUCGCAAAUAUGUCAUAAUACUGACGGUUCCUUUGUUUGUUCCUGCUUCGAGGAAUACGUACUGCGAAACGAUAGAACUUCCUGCAAAGUUGGUGGGCAGCAAAUGGAGUUGAUCACGGUUAGUGGUUCUGACAUCAGAAAGUUGUCAGCAGACUUGCGUUCUAUCGAAGUUCUCUACGGAAAUGUGGAUUUUGACGUAUCUGGCAUCGACGUAAACGCACGAGAGAGAAACGUUUACUGGAGUAACGAUAUGUUCAAUACGAUAAAUAAAAUAAAUUUAAAGAGCAAGGAGCGAAAAAUUGUUACCGGCCUUGGCAGACCGGAAACUCUUGCCGUCGAUUGGAUUACCGACAAUGUAUAUUUUACUGAUAAUGAUCACUUGAGCAGCAUUAAGGUAUGCAAUUUAGAACAGCAAAAAUGUGCCAAGGUGGUGUCGAUGGAGUCAAGGAAGAGGGCUAUGGCACUUGCUGUUCAUCCAAUACAAGGAUGGCUGUUUUGGAGUCAAGUUAAUUGGAUGCUACACGAUGUACCAACCAGUAAAAUAUAUCGAUCUACUACCGUGGGUUCGAACGCAACAGUAAUAGUAUCUCGAAAUACGGGUGUUGUUUAUGCUCUGGCAAUCGAUUACAUCAGAUCCAGAUUAUAUUGGACAGACACUUUCCUCAAAAUUAUUGAAUCCGCAAAUUUAGAUGGUUCCAAUCGCGCGAUAUUCUUAAAAACGGAUGCUUAUCAAGCUCUGAGCAUUAAUAUCUACGAAGAUGCCUUAUAUUGGUUAAUGGGUACAACCGGAGAAGCAAAAAAAUGCAAAUUAUAUGGGGAUAAAUCGUGCACAAAAAUAUCCAUUGGUAAUUCAAAUGUUGAGAAACAUUUUACAAUUUUACAUACUUCUAGGCAACCCACUGCAAAAAACGUUUGUGAAAAACAUAAAUGCAGUUACAUGUGCAUAUCAGGAAACAAUACUGCCAUGUGUAUAUGUCACGACGGAUAUUCUAAAAAUGAUAAUUGUAUAGAAAAUUCGAAUACAAGAAUUAAAUUUGAUUCGAGUGUACUUAGUCUAAGAAACGAAGGUGUUCGACAAAAUGGAACAUUAAUUGGUAUAAUCAUCGCGAUGAUAGCCUGUAUCAUAAUUGCGUCCGCAUACAUUUAUUACCAAAAACUUAAACCCCAUAUUUUGAAUAAGAAUAGUAUCAGCAUUCAUUUUCAAAAUCCAGCGUACGAACAACGAAGUGAAGUUGCAUCCUCGAUGAACUCCAUUUCCGGAUUACCUCCAGGAGAACAUGAAUACAUAAAUCCAAUAGCGGAUGAGCACAUGGUAACGUAAAUAGAUUGUGUUCGGAAACAAUGAAUACAUCCUAAAUUACGUUUUUAAUUUAGAAUCAAAAUGAAAAGAAAAUAGAAAGAUA